AUGGUGAAAACUAUGCAGCUACCCAUACCCAAAGAGCUGAUGAAGGUAUGGGAUGUAUGGAAUCUGAGGGGAUGCAUUCUCUUGAGCCUUGCUAUUCAAGUUUUUCUAACGCUUUCCGCGCCGUUCAGGCAACAAUGCAGAAGCAUGUUGCUCCUAGGGUUGAUCUGGUCGGCGUACUUGCUCUCCGACUGGGUUGCUGCUGUUUCCAUUGGGGUAAUCUCCAAAAGCCUGUCUGGGACUUGUGACUCUGGACAUAAUGAAGACCUUUUAGCAUUCUGGGCUUCAUUUCUUUUGGUGCAUCUUGGUGGCCCCGAUACGAUUACUUCUUUUGCUCUGGAGGACAAUGAGUUCUGGCUCAGGCACUUGCUUCAACUCAUCCUACAAGUCCUGGCAGCUGCGUAUAGUUUCUAUUUGACACUUGUCGAAAACAAGCUUUGGAUCCCGACGAUCCUAGUGUUUGUUGCCGGUACUAUCAAGUUUGGGGAGAGAACAUGUUGUCUGUACCUUGCAAGCUUGGACCAUUUUGGAGAGACUGUACUGCCAAAUCCAGAACCAGGUCCUGACUAUGAAGAGACCGUCGAGAUAUUUACUACAAUGAGGUCAGUCAAGGUAGACAUGCCGUCGCCAACAAGGCCAUUUCACAUUGGGAAAGGGAUUAAUCAUAGAGAAAACCCCAAUGUUGAUGGAGUUUCUCAAGAAUCUUUAGAUGACAUGGGGUUAUUGCAGGAAUCAUACCACUUCUUCGAAAGCUUCAAAGGACUCAUUGUUGGGUUCCUUCUGAGCUUCAAUGAUAGGGAGCGCAGUCGAUAUUUUUUUCUCGAAAGAACUCCCGUCAGUGCUUUUCAACUGAUAGAAUAUGAGCUCAGCUUCAUGUAUGAGGUUCUCCAUACCAAGGUAUUUGUGGCGCGACACCAAAUUGGCUACUUGCUCCGCUUAAUUACCUUCUGUUCUACCAUCGGUGCCUUGAUGUUGUUCGCUUCAGCCGAAAAAGAUGAGUUUAAGAAACAUGAGUAUGGUAAGUUUGACAUUGUUCUUACUUAUGCAUUGCUUGUUGGAGCCAUAGUCCUCGACACACUAUCUGUGUUGUUGAAGCUCAUUUUCUCUGACUGGACCAUCAUUGCCUUAAGAAACAUCUGGAGCCAAUGUUAUAUCCCUGCAUGGAUAUUGAAAAGACGAAGGUGGUCUGGAUCGGUGUCCCAGUAUAAUAUGAUAAGGAAUUGCCUGGAUGAGCGUCCAGAAUGCGUGUUCGCUAUUGGAGCUUGUGUGCGUGUUAGAGGAAUCCUAGACAAAAUAAAAGUUUCAUUAUUUUCUUCCUCUGAGGAAUUCACGGAUGAGCUCAAGGGCUUCGUGUUCAAGCAGCUGAGGAUAAAAUCUUUGGAUGCAAACAACAGAAGAACCAACAUGGAGGCAUGCUUACAAAGAGGUGACUGGGCUCUCCAGCGGUCUUCAGGCUACAAGAAACUCAACUGGAGUGUAAAGGAGUAUCAGUAUGCAGAAAGUGUUCUUCUGUGGCACAUUGCAACAGAACUCUGCUUUGCAAAAUGCUCUGCAAAACCCUUGGAAGAUGCUGACGGAAGACGAAAAAUCUGCUUUGCAAAAACUGUGAAAGAACUCUGCUUUGCAAAAUGCUUUGCAAAACCCUUGGAAGAUGCUGACGGAAGACGAAAAAUCUGCAAAAUACUUUCGGAUUAUAUGUUUUAUCUUCUGGUGAUGCAGCACAAGAUGAUGGCCCCAUUCUUGGGAAAUUGGCAUAUAGUCUUUCAGGACACUCGUGCAGAGGCAAAGAGGUUCUUUUCCAAGCACUCAAUAUCCGAUCAUCAAAACGCCUGCGACAGGAUCACCGCCCUGAGGGCCAAAUUCAGAUCAGCAGCUGUGAAGGGAAGUAAAAGCAAAUCUGUGUUGUUUGAUGCAUGUUUCCUAGCAGAACAGCUUGAAAAUUUGGACGGCGACAAGUGGGAGCUAAUGAGCGGAGUGUGGGUGGAAUUGUUGUCCUAUGCUUCCAUCAAAUGUAGACCAAUUGUACAUGCUCAGCAACCAAGUAGGGGUGGAGAACUUCUGACUUUCACUUGGCUACUGAUGACUCAUCUCGGCUUGGGAACACAAUUCUAUGAGCUCGAAAACCAUGCUGGAAAAAUGGUGCUAGUCAAGUGA